GUUUGGGUGAAGCUCGAAUGGAACACAGCGGGCCGUGUCAUGGAAUUCUAUCGGCGAGCUGAUUCCGAGGACUCCAGCAUCGUUUGGACCCAACCGCCUGCUCCCGCGAAAGUCAUUGAGAUCCAUGACGUCAGGCAGCGGCUGUCAAACUUGGAAGCAAAGGUCCAGUUGCUGACAUCUCAGUUCCCGCACGACGACGAG